CCUGUCGUCUCUUUAAAUAGAAAAGACUUUUCGGAACUGCAUGCACAAACAUUCGAAAUGAAAAUGAAAAUUGUAUUCCUGUUUGCUGCAGCCUUUUUGCAGAAAGCAUCAGCAAAUUUUCUGUGCUUCUGUAACUUUUUGCACCCAUACGGGUCCUAUUUGUACGAAUGUCCUAGCCAGACCAGUAAGCUGAUUGGAAUCAUCUAUCCUCCAGAAAACACUGACCAUUACGUGGAUCUGUCUUCUCCCCAUUGUGUAGCUGCCUUUAAUGCGCAGGCUCCGGAUGGUUGGGUAGCCAUUUAUUACAACAGUGACAAUGUAAACAGGCUUGGCUAUAUGCAAAAAGAUUCAGGAUUUCUAGACAUGCAGUGUCCUGGAAGCCUUUCAUUCAACGUCCAAAAUAUAGUGAAGUCCAGCCAGUGUGUUCAUCACAUUGGAACCAUACCAGGCUUGGUUCUCCCUACGCCAGCUUCUCAUUCAACCCCACAACCAACAAAACGACCGAUUAUCUGGGUUACUCUGCCAACAGCGCCUCCACAACCGAUUCAAACAAGUACAUGUGACGGAGUUCGACUUGAGAUUGGUAUCGCUCAGAUGUCCACAGUAUUCAAUGCCGAUUCUCGACAUUGUCCCAACUCCGCCAUUGCAGACGAAGAGGGUGUCGUUAUGGCAUACUGCAAAGCACCGGAAGUCAACAAAUGGAAACGUCAAGCGCAUAUAAUGAGUGACUGUAGGUCCAUUCCAAAGUAUUCUCCAGUCUCCUACUUUAAAGGAGAUGCAAUGUUAGGAGGAACGAAAUCGGGGAUUUUUGUGGAAUGCACUGCCACCAGCUUUGUGAUUGCCCGCCAGCUUUGCUCCAAUAUGUACCUGGAGAAGGUGUCUAUCCCUCCCUUUCUUGCCCGCUAUUAUUACGUGAUACAGUGGUAAAGAAGAAAGUACUUAACUCUGCAUGUGACUUGAAAUAUUGGAUUUUCUGUGAUAAGUUUCUUAUAACACUUUUUUUAUAUAAAUU